CGCGAGACCUUCUCAAGAGGGCCGCUUCCCUUCGGCCCUCCCGGGUUUCCUCUCGACCUUCGCAAAAGGGCAGCCGGCGGGAACUUCCGCCCGUCUCCUUCGGCCCCUCCCGAGGCGGCGGUGUCGCCGUCGCGCAGGAUCACCGGACCUUCCCAAGAUGGCUGCGCCCGCUAGCGCCGAGGCCCCGGACGAGGAGGGGGCGGCGGCGGGGCUGCAGCGGGCGGCGGACGGGCUGCGGCUGCUGCUGGGCCGGAGCGCAGCCCCCGACGCGCUGCCGGCCCCGUCGCCAGAGUCGCUGCGCCUCGGGCUGGCCGCCCUGGAGGAGAGGCUGGCCCGGGACCCGCAGUGGGCCGCCCUGCGCAGGGCGAGGGCCGAGGUGGCCCGGCAGGCCCCGGGGCUGAGUCCUGGCCCCGACCUGCCCUGGGCCGCCGCCUGCCAGGCGCUGCUGCUGCUGCUCUGCCUCCAGCGCUGCCUGGCCCGCCUGGCCGCCGCGACCCCCGCAGCCAGCCGGGGCCAUCCCGGGCUCUCCCCUCCACUGCUCCCCGACGCUCUGAGUAUCGCCCAGGAGGGCGCCGUGCAGGCGGCGGCGCAGCUUGCGGUGGCGCUGGGCCUCCGCCCGUACCUGCUGCCCGGGGUGGCGCCCCCGCCGCGGGACAAGGCCGGCCUGCUCGCCGCCCAGCCCGAGGCCCCGCGGAGGCUCCUCGCCACCUGCAGCGCCCUGAGGGAGGCGGCCGAACACCCCGAGCUGGGCAGGCUGAUCCUGGUGCGCCACCUGGGCGACCUGCUGGCCGGGCUGUGCCAGCUGGGCUUCUGCCCGGCAAGGAAGGCCCGGGCGGGUGCCGAGAGCCAGGGCCUGACAGAAGAGGAACGGAGCAGCUGCAAAGAAGCCUUGCACGGCCUUUUGGACAAAGUGUACCAGCCCCUGGUGGUCCGGGAAUUGCUGCUGCUUCAGGGGGGACCUAAGCGGGCCUCCAAUCCCAGCCAGAAGAACAGCAGGCCCUGUAUGGCACCAGCACCAGCCUGGCUUCAGCGCCUUUGUGGGCACCUGCUGUCCGGGAGACUAUUAAGACCCGGUGGAGUUCAGGCUGUGAUCCGUGGCAUCCUGGAAGGAGCCGGAGCUGGGGCUGUAGGGGGCAGUGGUGCAGAAGCGGCAGCAGCUGACUGGCAGAAGUGUGAAGCCGUAGCCAAGAUUCUGUCCUCAUGUCCUCAGCAGUCUCUGUCCCUGGAGGAUUAUUGUCAACAGAUUUGCCCACAGAUUCUGCAGCUGUUUCUCAUCCAGGAUGAGCUGACAGUGCGCCAGUUCCAACGAGUGGCAACCACAACCGUCCUCGCCAUGGUGAGGCAACACCCACAGCAGGCAGAGAAACAUCUGCUGUGUCCCCUGCUGGAGCCCCUCUUGCGCUGUCUGGGGGAGCCAGAAGGUUCCCUGGAAGACCUGCCCGCUGGGGCUGUGCUGGUGAAAGAGGAGUUGCUCUCAGGGUGCGUGGAAACAGUGCACAAGGUCUGUGUGAUCGGUAAUGAACCCUCGCCUUGCCUGUUGGGUGCCUUGCAACCUGUGCUGGGCGCCAUCUUCUCCCUCUGGUGCUUUACCAAGCAGAACGUGUCCUUCUUACGCACCCCCUGCCAGGAGAUCCUGUUAUGGUUCCUGGAGAAGAGCGAGCAGCAGGCCUCUGUGGCAGCCCUGGAAGGCCUGGCGGAACUCAGAGGAAGCCCCCGCCUGCCCCAUCCCCGCUGCCGGUUCCAGGUGGGCAGUGAAGGGGGUGUGGUGGCCACCAUCAAGGAGGCUGUGAGUGACGAAGACGAGGCUCUGUAUCAGAAGCUUUCCUCCGAGCAGUGGCAGCUGGAGCAGCUGGUGGACUUGCUGUCUCACUGCCAGAGGGGCGGCCUAGCUGGAGACUUCUUCCUAGGCUGCUUAAAGGAGCUGACACAGGUGGCCUCCGAGAAGGACCCUGCACCCCCUUUGCAAGCUCCCCCCCUGGAUCUGGAGCAGCUCUGCAACCCAGCCCCCCCACAGCAGACCAGGCAGCUGCAGGUGCUCCAGGUGGUGGCCAUGCUGACCGAGGGCAUUUCGGACUCUUUGCUUUCGGAUGUCAGGCAGGUGGUGGCGUUUGUGGCAGUCACUCUGCAGCGGGCCUGCGUAGGUCUCUCCGGAGGCUCAGUGGGCACCGUAGAGUCUCAGACGCUCAGCAUGGCCAUGGGGCUGGUGGCGGCCCUGCUGGGCGGGGCCCUGCAGCUGAAUUCUGAAGACUUUGCCAGCCUGAAGCAGCUGGUGCCCCUGCUGGAGGAACUCUCCCACGUCCACCCAGAGCCCGUCAUCCAGGAGCUGGCGGCUGACUUGCGCAUCUCCAUCUGCACCCACCGCGCCUUUUCUGCAGAGACUGUCUGCGCCGCUGCUUGCAAGACCCUGGGCAGGAGUGCGGGUGGGGUGGCAGGCCAAGGGAGUGCUGCUGCGAGCACGGGCGUCCCAGAUGAGGCCGCCAGACCUGGGGCACCCCUGCCCCAGAAGUCCCCCAGGAGCAGCCCAGGGGAGCCUCAGGAGGCGGAGUCAGUUGCCAAGAAAAGUUCUGCCCCCUGCACCUCCCCGAGCCUGCAGGAGCUUCUCUCGGGGGCUUAUAGUCCUGACAUCCCCACGCGAGCUGCUGCCUUGCGCCACCUCUCCCGGAUGGUCGAGCAGAGGGAUCCCGGAGCCCUGAAGACUCGGGAGAAGUUGCUGAAGGUUUUUGUAGAAAACGUGGAACAUAAAGACUCCUUUGUUUAUCUUUCUGCUAUCCAAGGUGUGGCCCUGCUGUCGGAUGCCUUCCCGCAGGAUGUCCUGCCCCUCCUGCUGACCCAGUACACGAGUGCCCCGAUGCCGGAGACCAGGAUGAAGGUGGGGGAGGCGCUGCUCCGCACCACGCGAGCCCUGGGAGAUCUGGUCUUCCAGCAUCGAGACACACUGAUCCAUGCUUUCCUGCGAGGAGUCCGAGAUCCUGACGGCUCCCUCAGAGCCAGCAGCCUGUCCAACCUGGGAGAGUUGUGCCAGAUCCUUGGUUUUCAGCUAGGCUUCGUGGUCCAUGAGCUGGCGUCCUGCUUAGCAGCUGUGGUCAAAACCGACCAUGAAGCUGAGGUCCGUAGAGCCGGGGUCCAUGUGGUGGUGCUUCUCCUGCGGGGGCUCAGCACAAAGGCGGUGGAGGUUCUCCACGAUGUCCUGCUGGACCUCUACCGCCUGCUGAAGUUCGUGGUGCGCUGCGAGCAAGACGAGGUCACAGUGCUGCAUGCUCAGCUUGCCUUGGAGGAGCUGGACGGCCUCCUCAGGCAGCUCCUCUUCCCCCCCCAGACGCUGCAGAAGAAGAUUGAGAUCCUGCCCUAAGGCUGCUGCUCCAGAUGGCCACGGAACUCUGCCACUCAAAAGCCCUCAUCUUCCGUAUGAACUUUGCCCCUGUAGGGCAGACUCUGUACGAACUCAGCUUUGUCGCAGGAGGGCUCUGUCCCUUGAAGGGGAUGGGAGCAGAUCAACCGGGGCAAUAAAUUAAGCCCAGCAGUGGCAUACUUGGAAA